CGAAUGUUAAGUUCCUAUAAUAAUGGCAGAUAAUGUACACAGAAAAUCGCAUAAACUAUCGGAUGGUAGUAGGAAAACAUCUAAUCCAGUUCAUCGUACGACCACCGAGACGAUUCGGUUAGGAGAGCCAGAGAAACUGUACCAGCCGGUUAGUUUGACCACCUCGAGCAACGUGACGGCUAACAAUCAGUGUCGGAAAAAGACAUCAUCCUUUCAAAUUACAAGCGUUAGUAGUCGCAUGAGCAACGAUGCCGGCGAAGAUUCGAACGACGAUCUGGAUGAAUCCCACACGGAAGAUAAUUCAGUCGAGCACUCGCGUAUCACCGACAUUGAUAUCGAAACGCCUAGCUACUCUGAAGAUACCUUCUCCAAGGAGGAUGUAUUCUUUAAUACCAGUAAUGCUGCACUCAGUACUGCUCCGGUGAUUCCUACCAGUUCUCAGUAUGGCCUGGCAAUUGUACCUUCUGAAGGGAAUAAUGUCAGCAAUUCGGUAAAUGACAGCAAUAUUAAUACUUUGGACAUUACAUCUGUUACUGACAACAAUAUUAUUAAUUUACUAUCGAGUAACGCGAAGCAAGAUGCAGAUCUACGGGAAGUUCAUUCGCAUGGUAGAAAUGAAAGAUUUAAAGUGGUUAAAAUUGAAAGUACUGAGCCUUUUAAAAGAGGUAGAUGGACUUGUAUGGAUUACUUGGAUCAUACAUCAGUCAAUCAACCAACGGCGAUUAGUACACCUAAAGUAUCAGAUCCGAACGAGGUAUGCAUAUCGUAUGGAGUAACAGACAGUGGAAUUGUUGUACCUGAUGCACCUAAACAGUCAGUUGUAUCAGAAGAUAAAGGUAUAAGUAUUGAUGCUAAUGGACAAGUAUCCACGCUUCCAGAUGUGCAUACUUCAAUUGGUGUACCAAGUAACCCUGCAUCGGUUACUAGUGCUACUUAUGCAGUAAGCAACUCACUUCCUCCUAAUGCACAGCAUAAUCCAACACAAGUUCAAACGCAGACUAAAGUUCAGGCACCUUCACAAAUUCCCCAAUAUUUUCAAUCGUCUGCUCAACAAUUGGCAUCGCAACAGCAGCAACAACAACAAGGAGGACAAGGUUCUACGUUACCAUCUAAUCUGCAACCAACUCAUCCGAACAAUUUAACUCAGUCUCAGAGUAUGCCACAAGGUUCUAUUCCUAUUAUAACACAGACUGGUAAUAGCAAUGUGACGGCUCCACAAAAUAUACCUCAUUCGAAAGAAGAUACAUACGUAACAGUGAGCACACAGAAUCAGUCAUUGCCAGUUCAAAAUGUUUGUCAGCCAUCCGUUCAACAAGCACCUGUACCAACAUCUCAGGCACCUAAUAUUCUUGUUACACAACAACAGCAGCCACAGCCUCAACAACAGCAGCAGCAACCUCAGCAGCAACAACAACAACAACAACAGCCUCAGCAGCCAUUGCAAACCCAGAAACCAAUGACUCAGAUUUCAGAGCCAUUGACUGCCAUACAAGGAAUGCAGGGCAUCCAGAAUAUUCACACAGUUCCUCAAACAGGUGCACAGCAAACUUCCUCGACUAUUCAUGCUCCUGGAGCACCGGUACAAUCUCAAGUGAUACCGCCAUCUCAGAUGCAACCCCAAACCUCUGGUAGUAAUGCUCAAGUGCAAGUGGCACAGGUGUCAGCUAACUGCCAAAAUGUUGUAGGCGGUAUACAGCAAGGAAAUAUAGCGUUUCAUCAACCAGAUCCGGAGCAGGACUCCAUUUCAGGCAUUGUAGCUGGAUCCGCUACUCAAUCAGCUAAUACAACCCUUUUAGAAUCUUUAACAGAAGUUACUCAAGGCAGUGAUGAACAUCAUACCCUCGAAGACAAUGAAAGUAUGUCAGGGACUAGUGCUGUAGCGAUUGAUAAUAAAAUUGAGCAGGCUAUGGAUCUUGUUAAGAGUCAUUUGAUGUUUGCUGUACGAGAGGAAGUUGAAGUACUCAAGGAGAAAAUAGCAGAGCUCAUGGAUCGUAUUAAUCAAUUAGAAGCUGAAAAUUCAAUCCUAAAAACACAUGCGACUCCAGAAACAUUAGCUCAAUUGAGCCAAUCAACUGCAAAAUUACCCCAAAACAGUUCAGGAAGUGGUCAAUAGUUUACUGUUUAGGAAAUAUAAAUAAUAAUUUAAAUCUGUAAAUUUGAUUUUCUUUCAAAAUGAUAAUCAUUUUGGAAAUAUGUAUUGUUAUGAUCCUAGACAGAAAAAAAGACCUAUAUGAGUGCAUGCCAAGACUAAGCAGAAUAAGUAACGGAGUUAAUAUUGUUUUAUGAUAGAUUCAAGAUUUUGAACAUGUUAAAAGAAAGUAUAUAACAAUAUGAAAUAGGCAGCUAGACAUUCCUAGAUUAUUUUUCCUAUUACCUUCGCAUUUGGCCAAUUUCAUUCACAAAUUCAAUUACAAAAUUGGCAAUUCAACCUUAGAAUUUAAUGUUCAAAGAACAUUUGUACCUUUUACAUUACGUGUGAUUUUAUGUUAACAUUUUAUUGUCAUUUUCAUUCAUAAAAACAGUUUUUUUACGCGAAACUAUGUAAUUUUCACUGUUAUUAAACAUCAAAUCCCAUAUUUUGUAAUCUGUACUCGUGUUGUAGUCUGAUUUUCGAAGUUGUAUGUAUUAUAAUCAACAACAUGCUGAUAUCCAGGGAAAUAGUUACUAUUACUGGUGUGCAUUAAAAACAAAAAAAACAUCUACAGUUUCCUGUCAACAUUUUAUGUUACAUCUUAAACAUGCCUAAUAAAACAAAUUUUUAAUUGUA